UUGGGCCAUAUCCUAAUUCAGAAGCCGUCAGCAAGAACCCUACUCGCGACUAAUCAAUGCGUCUGCAAGAUUUGCAACAAGGGUUGUCAAAGGGGUUAGAAUCUGCUAUUGCACAAAAGAGCUCACAAUUUUUUGGCAAGAUUGGAAAGGAAGGGGACAAAGUGUUCAAUGAAAUACGCUUGACAUGCGAGAGGAAGGAGGACUACUGUCGUGGCGGAACCCUAUUUACAAGCCGCAGUAGUACUCCUGGGUCUUGCACGUCGUCUUGCAUUGCUCCUUCCAAUCCGACUUCAUGGUGUACUUAUUCGAGCACUUGGUGCACUCCCACAUCUUCUCGCAAUGCUUCCGCCGGUCGUGAUUCUUGAUCCCGGUAAAGUCCCCCAAUGACAUCUCCGGACUAUGGUGCAGGCCGCUACU